AUGCCCAGUGGACGUCCUUUGUGGCAGGUUGCCGGUAAAAGAGACCUGGAUCAAGAAGCUGAAGCUCAACAAUGGAUCGAAGCCGUGACUGGUGAAAAGUUUGCACCAGGUUUGCCAUUCGAGCUAGCACUCAGGGACGGAAUUUUAUUAUGCAAGCUGAUGAACAAACUGUCACCAGGUAUUAUACCCAAAAUUAAUACUUCAGGCGGCGAUUAUAAAAUGAUGGACAAUAUUAGCCAAUUUCAAAAGGCUUGUAUUAAAUACGGUGUCCCAGACGUCGAUCUGUUCCAGUCUGUUGACUUGUUUGAACAAAAGAACAUAUAUAGAGUGACUAUGACGAUAUUCGCCAUCGGAAGGACGGCAUACAAACACCCAGAGUGGAGAGGCCCAACCUUGGGACCAAGACCUUCCGAGGAGAACAAGCGUGAUUUUACUGAAACGCAAUUACGGGCCGGAGAGGGCGUCAUUGGACUGCAAGCCGGACAAAACAAAGGUGCCACACAAGCCGGCCAGAACUUCGGAAACACCCGAAAGAUAUUGCUCGGAAAAUGAGAGCGUAAACUCACAAUCACCUAUACUAUACGUUUUUGUUGUAAUUUAAAAUUGAUCUAACAUUAUUUUGUAUGCGUUUUUGUUAAUGUCGUUGAUGCGUUUCAUGUUCAACAACGAUAAUAUACAAUAUAUAUAAUUAUUAUACCA